AGCAGUGGAGCCGCUUGGAGGAAGUGGACGGGCUCUCACAGCAGAUAAAAGCCUGGGUUAUGGUUAAUCUUUAGCAGAACUGACCCGCGGGUCCACCAACACGCCAAGAGCUCCACAGACGCUCCUGCGACGCUCCUCGACUGUGUGUGCUCCUGCUGGGAUCCUCUCCUGUGCUUUUGUGAUGGGACCGUUACUGCCGCUGGUGUCCAGUUUGCUACUGGUUGUUGGUUCUGUUGGGGCCCAAACAGGUCUGCCCAAAUAUGAGCGUCUGCUGCCUCAGUGGCUGACGGGCAUCAUCGCCGUCAGCGGCUUCCUCCUCCUCACCUUCAUCGCCUUCGUUGUGAAGAAGGUCUGGUGUGAAAAAUCCAGCCGGAGGAGGAACAGUCGGGACUCGGAGACGGCUCCUGCAGUAAACCACUACGACAUGAGUCUGAGAGGCGUCAGGGGAAGCAAAACAUCAGGAAAUGUUCAAGAAACCUACGAUACAGUCCUGGAUCACAACAACAGGAGGAAGAGCAGCACAGAUGAAAACACGUAUGAAGCAUGUGAAGCCAGCACUGAUGAAAGGAGGAGAGACGACCACGGAGAAUACGAGAACGUGAAGAGCAAGGGUCAUAAGGACAAAGCUACGGCCAUGUGACCUCCUUCCUCUGCUCCUAUUGGCUCUCAGCCACCACUCCAAAUUAAGAGAAAAAAAAAAACUAGCCAUCCAUAAACAUGUCUUUUUAUGGUAAAAUGUGAGAAAACUGAUGAGUUGUUGCAGAACCGUGCUAUGUUAGUUUGCUUUUUUGUGCCGAUUCAGUUUUCUUUGUUAAGAAGUUUCUGCUUAGACCCUCUUCAUUCCUAGAACAUCAUUGAAUUAUUAACAUAUUUUCAAUGCAAGUCAAGAAAACAGGAGUCAGGUAUUUGUUAGCAGCAGAGUAGCAAGUUAUGAAAUGAAAUGUGAGGGUAAAGUCUGCUGUGAUCUUAGUUUGUAACUAAAGCAAUUCAGAUUUACAUGUAUUUAAGCAAGUUUUGCAUUAAAGUUAAACAAGGAGCUUAAAAUUAUG